GAUGAGAUCAAACGCCAUCGACGGAACCCUAACGUUAUCUGCAAUAACGACAGCACGUCACGACGAUUUAUUUCGCCUGUUUCCCCCGGUGAUUCGGUGCAAGCAGCUGAAAUCGCCUUAGAAACGUCUAACCGUUACGGAAACAUGUCUCAGCGCCUGCAGAGCAAAUAUGAUGAACUAAGCGUUAUUUCUCCCGCUCUUUGUUCGGUAACGGCGUGAAAAUAAUCACAAUAAUAAUAAUCAUUUACAAAAAAAAUUAACAAAUAACAACAACAAAAACAAAACAGUCGCCUUAAAAUCCGAGCCAUGUGUGUGUUGUGAUCAGCGCACAGCCCCGGAGAAUGGAGCCGUUCCUGCAGCUCGCGCCGCACUCGCUGGCCAUCGUGCUGUCGCGGCGCGCGCCCGCGGACUCACGCGGUGUGACGGAGAGCGCCGAGCCGCCGCGACACCACACCGGAUACGAGGUGUUCGCCGAGUUCAAGGCGCUCAACACCGAGCACUUCUGGAACAAGAUGGUAGCCGACGCCAUCGCCGAGACGUUUUUCCUCGGCUGGCUGGACGAGCACGUGCUGCUCAUCCAGGGCAAAGAGGAGCACCUGGAGGCGCUGCGCGAGGCCUGGACCCGGAGAUCGCUCAAAGCGCCGCGCGGCUUCGACAUCAAAUACCUCGGUGAUGUGUCUCCGAUCAGCAUGUCUCCUAUUAGUCAGUCCCAGUUCAUCCCGCUGGGGGACAUCCUAUGCCUGGCCAUCUCAGCCAUGAACUCCGCACGCAAGACCGUCACACAGGAGACCCUCAUCGAGCAUCUCUCUACAUGCUUCCCAGGAGUCCCAACUCCAAGCCUUGAGGUCCUGCGACAUACCCUCAACAUGCUGGUCCGGGAGCGCAAGAUUUAUCCAACUCCAGAGGGCUAUUUCAUUGUUACCCCACAGACAUACUUCAUCACACCCUCCCUCAUUCACACCAAUAGCAAGUGGUAUCAUCUGGAUGAGAGGAUACCAGGGGGUAUGCAGCCAUGCUCCUCCCCUCCCACUGGCACCAUGACGCCCUCUGCCUCAGGCUGUGUCAGGGAACGAUCACACCAUAAAAACCACGCUGACCCCUACAGUGAUAGCUACCGUGACGAUAUGCCCAAUACGCACAACUCCACACUGCAGAGAAGGUCCAAGGAGCAUAAGGAACCCCCACACCCAGUGUCUCCUCCUCCUCCUCAGCAGUCCUCAGAGAAGAACAAAAGUGCACUCAGCUUUGCUUUCAAGACAGAAGGUAGCAACAGCAAGCAGAGGGAUGGGAGUAGCAGCGGUGGUGGCAGCGAGAAGCAAUCAAAGAAGUUUGGUCUGAAGCUCUUCCGGCUGAGUUUCAAGAAGGACAAGUCGAAGCAUCUCGCUACAUUCUCUGCCCAGUUUCCUCCUGAGGAGUGGCCUCUGAGGGAUGAGGAGACACCUAGCACUGUUCCACGAGAUGUGGAGAUGGAGAUCAUCCGACGGAUCAACCCAGACCUGACAGUUGAGAAUCUGGCCCGGCAUACAGCCGUGAUGAAGCGGCUAGAGGAGGAGAAGGCUCAGAGAAGCAAAGCUAACUCGUCGGCUCAACAGAGCACUCGCAGCAAACGCAGCCGUAGUCACCGCAAGGCCCAACAGGGCAAAUCCUCGCGAUCCCACAGCAAAACACGUGCCUCUAGAGGGGAACGGUCUGAAGGCUCCAACCUGGAUAUAUCAUAUGACAGGGACUACAGGUUCUACAGCUCCUCUCUGGUGCGUUCUCCAAGAGAGACGAUGAUGUCCAUGGAGAGGAACAGGGGAAAAUACAUGGUGCAUAGCAAUCCAAACAUUGUGGAGUCACACUUUACUACAGCACCAGAGUGGGACGUGUCAGGAGAGCUAGCUAAGAGAAGGACAGAGAUGCCCUUUCCAGAACCAUCCAGAGCGCAGUCACAUUCCAAAGUCCAUCGCAGCCACAGCCACACCCAGGAAAGGAAAUCGCGGAAUGAAAGGUCAGAUAAGGCUAAAGAGAGGUCACGCUCCAUGGACAAUUCCAAGGGUCCUCUAGGAGGACCCUUCUUAGGCACUGUUGAUGACUAUGAGUGCAGUCCAGAUGACCGGAAUCGGUAUUACACUGAUGAUGGGACUUUGAGGGCAUCUGCCCAGAAGGGCCACUACACUCGUGCUAUGCACUCUGCUGCUAGGUUGAACUCUGACAUUUGUGUGCCUGAUGUUGGGAGGGGGGCCCCUGAGGAUGCCAUGCACUGUAGAACGCUGGAAAAGAGUAAAAGCAAAGACUGUUUAACGGCCUUUACUGAGCUCAAGGCCUGCUCCCUAAAAACACCUGUGGAUGACUAUUUCCAGCAUACAGCAGUAAAUGAGGCAUCCUACUCUGCUCCUUCUUCUAUGGUAAAAUCCAACCAUGAUUUUACAGAUGGUGUUUGGAAAGGGAUUCCUUCUGAACAUACAGCUCCAAUUCUGACCUCACCUCACCCCGUAGAAUAUAAUGACGAUUCGACAAUGGGACAGAACAGUAUAGCAUUAUCUGUGUCUAACCAGAUGCCGGAGCCUUUGCCCAAUGGACGCUUGAUGCACCAACACAACCCUGACUCAGGUGACUUGGACAAAAUGGCAGAGGUUUACAGCCAAGAGGCUUUGUUCAAACCUGUGGACUAUGUGGAAAGUAGUUUCUCCAGGCCAGGUACGAUACGGAAAUCUCCACACACAAAGUCCAUGGAGGUACUGGAGAACCAGAAACACUUUGAGGAUCCUCUUCCAUUGUCUGUACCAUCAUCGUCUGGUCAAGAGCAGGCCUCGUGCAUGGAAACCACCUUCGACUACUACAAUGUAUCAGAUGACGACUCUGAGGACACCAGCCAUAAGAACAAAGUGGAGGAGAAAGUUCUGGAAGGUGGUGGGACGAUGAAGUGGCUCCUGGAGCGGGAGAAGGAGCGAGACCUCCAGCGCAAAUUUGAAAAGAACCUCACCUUUCUCAGUCCCAAAGAGGGUGAAAGCAGCAACAGCCAGAAGUCGGCCCACUCCACACGUCUGGACAGCAUGGACUCCAGCAGUGUGACUGUGGACAGUGGAUUUAAUUCCCCACGCACUCGCGAGAGCCUUGCUUCCAACACAUCAAGCAACGUGGACAAUAACCGGCGGCAGAACAUGGCUCUGAGUCCCAGGCACAUGGGCGGCAAGAGACCCCCGCCUCCAUACCACGUACCUGCUUUCCAGCCGGUUCCAGAGCCACCCGCCGCUCGUCCAGAGAAACAAGCCUCAAUUACCAGCGUGUAA